AUGGCAGCAGCGGCGGGGGCCAGCGGUGGUGUGCGGCAUGCGCAGCGAGAUGUGCAGAAGGUAAUGCAGGAUGUGCAGCAGCACCGCACGCAAAAGCAGCAAGCGGCCCUCGACUACCUCAAUCGAAUGCUCAAGGCACACACCCUCUGCCCUUUUCGCUCCUCCCCCGCGCUGUGGCGCGAUCUCCGUUGGUGGCUGGUGAACAAUAAGCCGAUUGGCGGCCAGCAGCUGGGGGACCUCAUAGAGCUCGUUGGCGAGUCGCGGGAGGAGAGCCUCCUGAAGCGCAUCUCCCCCGACAUCCUCCAGCUCUUCCCGCGCCUCACCUGCAAGACCCAAAGCCACUUCCUCCAGGUCUUCCGCAAGAUGUCGGACUACCCGAGCUUCACAGACCUGGGCAAGCAGCUGCUGAACUUCAUGACCGACCGCGGGGUGCGGGCCAAUGCGAUGUGCUACACGUCGCUCAUCAAGAUCUGCACCACCUCGAGCGACCUCGACAGCGCGCUGGCCAUGUGGGAGCUCAUGAAGCAGCGCCAGGUGCGGCCCGACGCCCACGUCUUUGCGUCGCUCCUGGCCGCGUGCGCGUCGCAGUGCAACGUGGAGAAGGCCGAGGAGCUGCUCAAGGAGAUGGAGCAGUUUGAGGUCGAGCCCAACGUCUACGUCUACUCGGCCCUCAUCGACGUCUACGCCAAGACCACGAACAUCUCGCGCGCCUUCGCCACCCUCGACGCCAUGAUGCAAAAGGACGUGCGACCCAAUGUGUGGACGUUCUCGACCCUCAUCAACGCGUGCGCGCGGGUUCAAGACCUGCCAUCGGUCUUUGCCAUCAUGCGGAUCAUGGAGCAAUGCGAAGUGCGGCCUAAUGCGCACACCUACACCACCAUCCUCGACGCCUGCCUCGACCAGCCACAGUUCUACAUAAGGCACCGGAUGAUAUCAUCAUCAUCAUCAUCAUCAUCUGUUCGAGAGGGCGAAGCGGGAGAAGUGCAUAAUCUGGCCCUCCUCACCGCGGUGCUCGGCCUGGCCGCCACCCAAGCCGACCUCGACGUCGCCACCUCCGUUAUGGCGAUCAUGAAGCAGAACGGGUGGGAGCCCAAUGAGCGCACCUACACGUCCCUGCUCCGCGUCUACUCCCAGGCGGGGAAGGUGGACCUGGCCUACGAGACGCUGCUGGCGAUGCCCAAGAGGGGCGUAACGCCCAACGUGAUCCACUUGAACGUGGUGCUGGGCGCGUGCGUCAAGACCCGCGACCAGCAAAAGAUCAUCGCCCUGGCCGAACUCAUCGGCCGCCUGGAUAGCCCCGACCUGGCCACCUACACCUCCUUCAUCAUCGACAACGGGUUCCAGCCGGAUAUGCUGGUGUACCAGGCCCUGCUCGCCGUCAGCUGGAGCAAGGACGACCCGGGGGAGAUGGUGGAGAUCUUCGAAGACAUGAAGGCCCGCGGCAUCGAGCCGGACGAGUCGAUCUGCGACACGGCGUUGGCCGAGGUCGCGCAGCACGUGUCCAGCCUGCCGCAGGACCUGCACCGACCCUGGAAGCGCAUCCUGAAGUGGAGCCUGCUCGACGCGACGUGCGUGCACCUCCUACGCGCCAUCGCCUCCGACGAGGGCGCCCGCGCCGCGGCCGAGUUCAUAAGCGACCUCGACGACCACCACGACCUCCGCCCGCGCGAGGCCAGCGCCGCGACCCUCCUCUGGCUCUGCGCACUCUCGCACGACCGCGACGGCGCGCAGCUGGUGGCGCGCGCCAUGGCCGCCGGCAACGGACUGGACUCGCACUCGGUGCUGUCGGCCUUUGUUGGGGCCAUGUGCCAGCGGGGCCAGCCCGAGGCGGUGCUCGAGGUGCUCGAGGUACUGGAGGAGCACGCCGGCGCUCAGGCGGCGCGGCCCGAUCUCGAGCGGCUGUUCGGCGCGGCGGUGAGUAAGGGCCACCUGCCCACGGCCACGCGCGCCUUUGCCGCCCUCGAGGCGUUGGGCACGGAGGAGGUGCCCGCGGCCGACCUGGCGCGCUGGCGCGUUGCCCUCCGCUCGGUGGAGGACGAGGAGCGGCUCCGGGCCGAGCUCGCCGCAGAACCGCACACGCACACGCCCUCGCGCAAGUACGCCCUCUUCAAGUCGUCCCUCUCCGACCCCCUCCCGCCGUAUCCAUGA